AUGCCCUCUAACAUUUGGCGCUGCGAAGGACCCAAGAAUUCGUAUAAGUAUAGCAUCUUUCCGUCUGCACCCAUCAAUAACCUCGGCGUCACGGCUGUCACGCCCAUGUGCAAGAUCAACACCCUUCCUCGCGAACUCUUGACUGACAUCUUCGAAUAUGCCGUGUGUCCCAGGCUGAGUGAGUGGGACACAUUGUGGCAAUCCACUCCAGUUCUACACAGGACGCUCUCCCUCGCUCGGGUUUGCCUGGCAUGGCAUGCGAUCGUGAUUAGCACGCCUUCAUUGUGGACGAUCAUCAAUGGCCACCCAACCCCAUCCACUCUCCGUCGUGCAUGGAACUUAUCCUCCGAGUCGAACACUCCUCUUCGUAUCGGCUUGAAUCCCUUCUGGAGAUCACCGAGAGAAAGACAAGAGUACCACGAAGCCGUGAAAGAUUUCUGCCUACAAAUCCAUCGUACCGCAUUUCUCGACAUACAUAUUCACGCCCACGAUCUUGCUUUAUUCUUUGACCAUCUCUCCGAGCUUGGAGACGCGCCUGUUCUCGAAUAUUUCAGAGUCAAACCGUCUUACCCCACGACAUAUUUGAUCCCCGAAAGCAUAUUCGGCGGCAAGCCCCUACCUCCACUGCGGUAUAUCGAACUCGAAUUCUGCACGAUCUCGUGGAGAUCGCCGCUGCUACAAGGUCCUAAGCUAUCCACAUUGAAGCUGGGUUAUCAGCCGCGUCUAUCCUACACCCUGAUGCUCGACGUCUUCCAAAACAUGCAGGCCCUCGAAGUGCUGUCCCUGACACAUUGCUUACCCAACCCACCGCCCGAAGUAAUCCACGACGGCGCCGUUUAUUUACCAAGGCUAAAGCAUCUGGAGCUCCUAGAAGAUGAUAUAGAAUCCUACGAGAGUUUCUUACGAACGGCGAACUGCGCACCAACCACAAUGCGAAUAAUCACCAGUCCCCGAAGCCCGAACCGCCGGGUUCCCCAGUUUUUCAAUGUGCUCGGAAGGAGAGUGUCGGCCCGUAGGGCAAUCAAGAUACUGAAGAUAGACGAAGAUGGGGGACUGCAGCUCGAAGGGUGGACAUCCUCAUCUUCAGCUACCCCGCCCAACUUCACCAUCGCCAUUCCCUCAUCGUCAAGGCAUGGCCAAAUGCUCACCACCGCUCUCACCAAGCUCCCCUUCCACGCUCUUCGCACACUGUACUUCUACUCCCCCUUCGUGUCGUCAUUAGGCGUAGCCGCUUUAUCAAGGAGGCUCCCGAAAUUGACAAAAGUGGAGCUGUCCAGACGGUCUACUCUCCCUCUGUGCCAGGUAUUCUCGCAGCAUCUGAGCUGUAGCGUUAUACCGUUCUGGGGCGCGGCGCAGGUGGGAAUAUGGAGCCCGUCGAGGAUAAGAGAUUACGGUCGGCUUUCGGUGCAUAUUGAGCAAGUGGAGGAAGCAAGAAGGGCAGGCGGGCGGCCUAUCUUUUUCGUCGAGAGAGGCAAUGAUCCUCUGCGACAUCGCCGGCUGUAA